GCCUGCUCCACCCCGCUUUGGGCUGGCGGGUUGUUGCUCGGGGACACGCCUUUUCCCGGAGAGAACAAAAUAAGCCCAUCCGGAGUCUUUUGCAGUGGAAACGAGCCCGACGGGAAAAGCCAGACAGACGCAAGGGAAACCAGCACCAGCCGCCGGGAUGCCAAACUGGGGUGGAGGAAAAAAGUGUGGUGUCUGCCAGAAGACGGUGUACUUUGCUGAGGAAGUACAAUGCGAAGGCAACAGUUUCCACAAAUCCUGCUUCUUGUGCAUGGUUUGUAAAAAGAACUUGGACAGCACCACUGUGGCUGUGCAUGGAGAGGAGAUCUAUUGCAAGUCAUGCUACGGGAAGAAGUAUGGACCAAAAGGCUAUGGAUAUGGCCAGGGAGCAGGGACCUUGAGCAUGGACAAGGGAGAAGGCCUGGGAAUCAAACAUGAUGACCCUCAGCCUCAUCAGCCCACCAACAAUCCCAACGCAUCAAAGAUGGCUCAGAAGGUGGGCGGUGCGGAUGGCUGUCCCCGCUGUGGGCAAGCUGUAUAUGCUGCAGAGAAGGUGGUUGGAGCUGGGAAGUCAUGGCAUAAAUCUUGUUUCCGAUGUGCAAAGUGUGGCAAGGGCCUGGAGUCCACUACUUUGGCUGAUAAGGAUGGUGAAAUCUACUGCAAAGCCUGCUACGCCAAGAACUUUGGGCCCAAGGGCUUUGGCUUUGGGCAGGGAGCUGGAGCACUUGUCCAUUCCCAGUGAGAAGCUGAUCUCGUCGUUUGGACGUCGUCAUCUUUCCAUUAUUGAACGCUUUGCCAAUGCUGAGCUCCUCCAGACUGACCUUCGCAAAGAACAGGGCUGUUUCACCUAUUCCUGCAAAUGUAUGAAUAAUACAGUAACAGCAUCUGCUGCUUUCCAGUGUAUCACUGGUCCACCUCUUCCUUGCUAGCUGGGCAGCCAACCAUGGCUGUUUCACAGGCCCUUGAGGACACUACGUUUCCAGUUGGCCAUAAUGGGGUGUAACCCACCAGGCUCACAUCAGUAUAAUCCCCCCCCCCUUUCCCGUAACACAGAUCCAUGCUUUCAGCCACCACUGAAACUAUAGCUAGCAGAGAGCAUAACCAUAUCUGUAUAAAACACUGUGACAGUUUCCUCUGACAUGUUCCCCCUCCCCACCACUGGAUUAGCGAUAUCCUCUCCAUAGUUGUUGGUGGUUGUUUUUCAUUAGAACUCUCAUAUUGUAUCAUCAGAUCCUACACUAAAAGUCUUAUUAAAAAUCCCCAAGUGCAAAAUAUUGAAGCUAAUGAUUAUGGGUUGCAGGGGUGAAGAGCAAGAAACUGCUCAAGUGUGCAAGAAGUGCAGAGAAGGUGUUAAACCUGUAUAGCGUGUCAGUAGAGCACAUUGUAAGAGGGAGCAUGGUCUUUGCUCCCAAACAUUCAAGUAGGUCCUCUUGUUUUCCAUAAAGGUACUAAUAGGCCAAUAUAUUCAGUAGUGACCACUGGUACAGGCACUCUUUCUGUGUUGGAGAACUGGGGCAGGGGCAUAGCUAGAAGGUGGGGAGGCAGGGGCCCUUCUUCACUUUUUGUCCCCAGGCCCACUCCAACCUAGUUAUUUCCCUGGAACUGAACUGGGCCAAAUAAAACUAAGCCUUCAGCCAUGAUGGUCCUCGGCUGCCUUUCCCAGUGACCUUGCUCAGCACUUCUGUCAUUCCUAAAAGAUACACAAACAUGGGGACAGUCAGGAGAGGUAGCUGUCUUUGAUCCCAUCUUUCUCUAGCUCCUCUUCUGUACACUGAUUGUCUAAAGAUCCAAUCUGUUGCUGCUUCUUAUCAUCAUCAUCAUCAUCAUCAUCGUUCCUCUCUGUGUCACUUCCCCUUUGAAAACAGAAGUGUUUGGUAAGGUCAGAUUUACUUAUCUCGCCUCUUAGUGGCCUUGCCACAAUACAGAGAAAUGUAUUUAUUAAAGAGGCUUCAUAAGGACAGAUGACAGCCUGUCUGUAUUGCGCCCAUGUGCAAUUACUGGCACCUGAACUAUCUUGGCCAAAUCUCAAACAAAAUCCAGCAUUCAAACAAUUCCAGGAAUUUAUAGAAGAAUACUGUACAGCUGGCAAGUAAUCCAAACUUUAGCAGCAUUAAGAAGGUCAAGGUGGGCUGAAAUUCCUCUUCCUCUUAAACUACAGAAAUAUUUAGAACUUACUAGAUUUUAUAAAUAUCUAUAUAUGGGACCCAAAGUAAGUUGACAGACUCACUUCUGUUACAAUUGUCUUAGGGGGCUUGGAGAUAUAGAUAUAGAUAUAAAUAUAUAUUACAAAGGAACGAGGCUAAAGUUCUUUGUUACCCAGUUUAAGAUGAACAGCUACUGUGCUGAAAAGCUUUGGUAUGAGUUUCCUGUAGGAUGCAGCCUGAGUAACUUUUAAAAAAAUUUCCUCCUCUCUCUAGGUGAUUGGCAUGGAAUUAGUUUAUAAUGCAAUGGUUCAGUAUACAUCUGUUACUAGCAUGCCAGAGAAACUGUAGUAAUACACUUUUUACAAUGUUACAUAAAAGAGCUCUGUUCAAAGAAAAUCCUAUGUAUUCAAUAAAGCAGCCAAAAGGAA